CUUUCCAACGCGACACCUCGCGUGCCACACGUGUUGACCAACUUCACAUCACUUCUUGACCUUCUGGACACCGCCAUCCCCUUCACCUCUAAUUCAAGCCUCGAUGGUAUUUCCCUUGCUCUGACUCCACAUCAACAACCAUGCCGCCGCGAAAAAGCAACGUCUCGGUGGUGUCUAAUGGGCCGGAGGAGGCAGCGGCGGAACCGACGCCUUCCAAAGGAUCGAGAGACGGUGCGGGAAUCGAGGACCUGAGUCUGCCCAAGUCCAUGAUCAGCCGGCUGGCCAAAGGAGUUUUGCCGCCCAAUACUCAGAUACAAAGGGAUGCGCUGUUUGCGCUGCACAAAAGCGCUACUGUUUUUGUCAGUUAUCUUGCUUCAAACGCAAAUGAAAGUGCACAGGCGGGUGGGAAGAAAACCAUCAUGCCUGCUGACGUCCAGGCCGCUUUGAAGGACUGCGAAUUAGAGGGUUUCCUGCCCCGGUUGCAGGCAGAGCUGACUAAAUACGUGGAAAUCCAAAGCGACAAGCGCAACACGUACCGGCGGAAGGUCAAGGAGGGCAAGGCUGCUACUACUACCGAGGAAGGCGAGGGAGGUGAGGCGCGGCCAGAUGCUGGCGCGGGCGUGGAUGAUUCCGGCGCCACGUUUGCGAAUGGGCAUGCGGACGGCGAUGCUGGGGAGGGGGAUAUAGACCGGCCGACGAAGAAGUUCAAGGCUGAGGAUGGCACCGCUGUGAACCCGGAUGGAGACGGGGGAGAAGAUGAUUCUAUGGAGGACAGUCGAAUGGAGAGAGAGGACUACGAGGACGAGGAUGGGGAUGGGGAUGAGGCGGAGGAGGAGGAAGACGAGGAGGAAGAAGAUGAAGAUGAGGAUGAUGGCGGGGCGCAGCUUGCCGACGACGACCACGAAGAAGAUGCCCCUUCUAUCAGCCACAUUCGUGAUGAAGCGCUGGACGAGCGGGACAGCGACAGCGAUUGAGUGAUGACUUCAUGGGGGGAGUAACAGGGGCGGAUUUCAUAGAUGGUACGGGUACGUACGGCGGAUGUACCAUGAAUUGGCAAGACUGCAUACCAGUCCAAACUUAUGAGAAUGGUCAGGACGUGACACUGAGUUCACGUUAAACAGGUUCAUGUG